AAUGGCGGAUGCAAGAAUUCUCUUGAAAUGGACGAAUCUACCGAAUUUAUUCAAAAGAAAUAUAAUUUCUCAUUUGGAUUUGAAACAUCGAAAUGCCCUCCGGCAAUGCUCUAAGGAAGACAAGAAGCUAGUCGACACCUGCCAACUCACUCUGUCACAUCUGGAAAUCGCAUUCACUUUUCCUCAUGGAAUAUGUUUGAAAAUUCAAGAAUAUUCAGAUUUUAACAAGAAACUCUUUUCGAAAAAUAGAGAACUCAGCCACAUUGCUAGGAUUUUUCAGCUUACAAGCUUAAAAAUUCAAGAUUUUAUUAUUUUUUGCUCUAGCAGAGAUUUUGAUAAAAUCCACGUAUUGAUAUCUUUAAUUGAAAAAUCUGAAAACUUUCUGAAAGUUAAAAAUUUGUACUGGAGAUGUUGCCCGCCUGAAAUUGACGAGAAACAUUCUGCAAGAGUUUUUAUCAAGUUUUUAAAACUGUUUGAUGAAAACUCGCUGAAAAUGAUUCACAAUGAUAUGCUGCAGUUUCCACCGGAGGAAUUGAAUAUUUUGGCUGAAACUAGCCAAUGGAAACGCGCCAGCACAAUUUCUUUGGCCAAUGGACAAGUUGAAUCGAUUGAGCCAUUUCUUCACACCACAAAUUGCACGGUUUAUUUUAAGAAAUUGGAAAUUGAGCAUAUUUUGAAAAUGAUUCAGGGUGUGUGAAUCUAAACCAGGAAACUCAAUUCAUUUCCAAAUGGCGUCUGCAGAAACUUUGUUGGUCGUGAGAAUUGCUGAAUCGGGCGUACAAGGAACUGUUCAAAAGUUUGCAGAAUAAUGAUCAAAUGUAGUUUUUUUCAUGGUUGUUAUUUUGGUUUCUUUAUGAGUUUUUUCUUUUAGCUUAUUUAGAUGAAAUUAAGAUUUAAAAAAAAAAUUUUCCCCUCCUUUCAUCAUAAAAACAGGACUAACUAGCAUGCCUCUUUUUUGUAUACAGUGCGUACAUGUUCUAUAUGCCACCCCCUAAUUUUUUGGUUAUGACAGCUUCUGUGUAAUUUGGUGAACAAAGAGUAUUGAAUUUCGAUUCACAAUGAUGAAAAACCUAUACUCCAAAGUUUUUGUGCUGAUAUCUCAAAAAUUAUGGAAAAUAGGUCAAUAAUUCGAAAA